AUGUUCCCACAAGUCUCCCUUGUUGUUCUAGCCAUUUUCUGCGCUACGACAGAUGCCUCACCCAUCAUCGCUUGGAACCGGGUUGCUCUCGAGAAUACUCUAGAAAUUUUGCGCAACGAUUUUGGAAUUAGUGAAUCACAAGACUGGAUUCCGACACCCAAGUUGAAGGGAUGCUUACAGCAGUGUUUCGAAGAUCCAACGUGCAAAUCAAUCAUCUGGUGCUGCGGUGUUGGGUGCAGAAAGAGUUCUUCGUUGCUCAGCGAGUUUCCAAAGAUAUCGAUUGUUGCACCAGCUGGCGUGGAGAGUUGCCUUGGUUUUGAGAAGAUUCCAAUCGGCGGCGAUGGAGAAGAAUCAAUCUCCGAGUACCACAUCAACGAUGACAACAAUUUCGAACUCGGUGAAAACGAUGCCAACUAUUCCAACCACGAGUACAACUACGGAUUCGAGCACGGCAACAACGAACUCAGCUACCACCAACGAAAUUACGAUUAUAACUACAGCUCCAACAAAGUCAUCUAUGUUGCU